AUGAAAGAAAUCAAUCUUGGUGCUGAUCUGAUUUUCCAUGAAUUCAAAUAUUGGUGUUUAUGGACGGGAAUCACAACAGAUGUACGCGGGUAUAAAGAGCAUCUCGCAAAUCUUAAAGGACCAGCUGUCGUUAUAUGUAAUCACCAGAGUGCUAUAGAUGUAUCUGCUAUGUCACGGGUUUGGCCACCAAAAUGUACGGUUAUGAUGAAAAGAUCUCUAAUGUAUAUACCAUUUUUCAACAUUACUAGUUUUUUGGCUAAUGCAAUAUUCAUUGACCGCUUUCAUCAUGAUAAAGCAAUGUCACAAAUUGAUCGUACAGUAAAAAAGAUGAAAGAGAAGGAUCUUAAAGUUUGGAUUUUUCCCGAAGGCACCAGAAAUCACGGCGAAGGAAUGUUAUCAUUCAAAAAAGGAGCAUUCAACAUUGCCGUCACGGGUGGUUUUCCUAUAGUACCGAUCGUGUUGUCCAGAUAUAAGCCAUUCUAUUCGAAAACACAAAAAUAUUUCAAGUCAGAUGGAGAAGUUAUAGCAAAGGUGCUGGAGCCUAUAAGUACGAAAGGGAUGACAAUAGAGGAUGUGCCAGAGCUUGCUGAAAAAGUACGAAAUCAAAUGUUACAAGUCCACAAAGAUAUUAGUGAAGAAGCUGCCGAAAAGAUGAAGAAGAAGCGUCAGCAGGCCAUGUAAACUAGUUUUUAAGGCAGCAUGUACAGUCAGACUCAUGAUGAAUUCACGUAAACAUGAGCUUUCAUGUGAUAUUUUCAAACGAGUAAAUUACAGUUUUGCACCGGUGUAUCUAUAAAUA